AUGGGAGACUUUCCAGACCCUGAUGAAGAAUAUGAACUUAUGUAUUCUGAUGAUCUUGAAUUAAUUCGUGAGAUUGAUGAUGGCACAGAUUCAAAAAUAGUCAAAAAUAAGUUUUUGCCAGCAAAGAGAAGUCUGGAUUUCUCAAGUCCAGUACAAAAACCGCCUUUACAUACUCAACAAAGUAGUGCAAAUGAGUCAAGUUUAUCAGUAAGCUCUCAAUCUCAAACAGAUAUUAUUAGCUCAAUUCCAAUUAAGAGAACCGCUGAAGAUCUUUUCGGUGACAUCAAUGACAUCGACUUUGAUGACUUAGGUUUACCAAGUAAAAGACAAAAGACCGAAGAAGAAAAUGAUUUAGAAUUAAUCAACAAAAUUAUUGAGGGUCGGAAAAUGAGACAAAUGCUAUCAGAACCUAACAGAGCGUUAUUGGAUAAUAUGUCUAAUUAUAAUGUCAGUAAAAACUUAUCACUGAAAAUACCAAAGUGA